AUAUUAAUUAAGAUGUCUGGGUCAUUCUACUAAUCGAUAUUUUAAGUGUUCGUUUCCCGUGUUGAAGGGAAGUAACUUGAAUAAUCUUUAAAAAAUCCCGGAUGAUGAUGUGUAAAGAAGGAAUAUAGACGUACACGUGUACUGCUUUUCCAGACGGAUUAAUUACACAUACUGUAUUUGUUUUAUAUGUAAAGAGUAAAAAGGGAUUUUUUUUUGGUCUAUUAAAGCAUAUAAAUAAGCCUGCGCUCAAUGUAUUUUUUCACUUCCUAACUUGUACCUAUAGUAUAUUCAUCAAUAUCGAGAGAAAAAAAAAAUAAAAUGGCUGGAAGAAAAGGUGGAAGUACCAAUGAUGUGUGGUUAAAUUCCCGGGUCAUUGUAAUUGACUCAACCCCUAGAGGGCCUAAAUUUCGUCAGGUGAGGAGACGAAUUAACUUCUCCUCGGAGGCUGGGGAUGGUGCAUGCGCGACCCCAACACCUGCAGCGUCCCCCAAAAGUCCUGCAGAUACGACCAUGGAGCAGGAAACGGACGUUGAGCGACGCUUGGCGUCGCUCGAAGAAAAAAUGGCGUCCCUGGAGAGGGAGCUAAAAGGAAGAAGGGUGCUGCGCAAGAAGUGCAGCACAUGUAAUUACAGACACAUUCGACUAUAG